AUGGUGCAGCAAAACCGGAGUCUGACAGUGGCUCAGCUGACAGCCCAAUACAAUGCAAGGCCAAGUAGAAUAGUAUCGGAGCGCACUGUUCAGCGGACACUGUUGGAUGUGGGGCUACGCAGCAAACGUCCCACUCGUGUGCCUUUGCUGACCAAGCCUCACAGCCAACUCCGCCUGCGCAGGGCCCGGGAACAUCGCGACUGGUCCAUGGAUCAGUGGGAAAGAGUUGCCUGGUUAGAUGAAUCACAUUUUGUCAUGCAUCACGGCGAUGGCCGUGUCAGGAUACGCCGUCUUCCGGGCGAACAGUUGCUCCCUCAAUGUACAUAUGCUGAAGAAUUAAGGGAUUCGGACGACGACGUAAUGGGCUCAGGUUUUGAGUUGGAAAAUGCGGUACGAUUGGAUGUGCAUUCUCGAAGAGAGAAUAAAAAAUACAAUGCGAAUCAAGUGGUAUUUCGAGCUAGAGUGGAUACAGAUCAACUGCCUACAGAACUCCAGAACAAUCCCUUGGCUGCAGCUAGGAAAUCCGUGCGGGAGCUGUUCCGGUUGUUGAUUGAAAGAUCAACGGAAGGAUUGAAACCAUCGGACUUGAUCCGCUUCUGCAUUCAAUCAGAUGGGCUGGAUAGGCCUAUAUCAACAAGACUAAUGCCUGUCUCCGAACUGACUUUAGAGAUUUUACUUGCUGCAGUACUCAAAGUGCUACAGUCUAAGGACCAAAUAAUGCUCGACUCGACUUUUUUUGUGGACAUAGUGACAUUACGAAGAGAUGUAGGAGCUGGGCGAAUAUGCAAAGUCAUCAAUCACGAGGUGGACCGCUUACGAAAGCAGUCUAUUUUAAGUAUUCCAAUGGUCGAAGAAGGAACAUGCUGUGCAAUGAGCAUUGUGUUUGCAUUGGCUCAUUUGCAUAAAGACACGAAACUGGUUGAUGUUCUGAGAGAUCGUCGACGAUCCACAUUGCAGAAUAGGGCACGGGAGCUGCAUGUUGCUGCUGGUGUGCCUAUUGGGCCAUGCACCUACGCAGAAGUAGCGAAAUUUGAGAAGCAUUUGGAUAUCCAAAUUGUCGUGAUUUCUACAGACAAUCUGAACAAGGUAUCUUAUAAAGGACCCUACAGGGAACAAAGAGUCAACCUUUGGUUACACAACCAGCACUUUGAUGUAAUUAAAAGUUUAAAAGGAUUCUAUGCAAGCAAUUUUUAUUGCGAAACUUGUGAGAAGCCGUAUGAUCACAUUGAGAUGCAUGCAUGCCCUAAUUCUUGCCGGAUUUGUUUCAGAGUAGGCUGUACCCCCCAACAACCAAAACGCUGUUCAAACUGUGAACGGCUGUGCCAAUCAGAUGAGUGCUACACUGCGCAUAAAGAAAAGAAAGGAAAGCAACAAUACUCCAUUUGUGAUAAGAUAUUUCAAUGCUCCAAAUGUUGCAAAAUAAUCAGAAGGCGGGAGUGUGCUAGAGAGGCACACAAAUGUGGAACGGUCAGUUGUCCUUCAUGUAAAAACUACGUGAAUUCCGCUGACCAUUUAUGUUAUCUUCGCACGAUUCCCCCUAAGAAAUCAUCUGAUCGGUUGAUCUACUUCGAUUUCGAAACGGAUCAAUCAUCCGGUGAACAUGUUGUUAACUUUGCAGUAGCACAGUAUGCUGAUGGAAGGGAAAAAGUGUUUAAGGGCUACGCAGCCUGUUCGGACUUUUGUUCAUGGUUCUUUAGUCCUGAGCACAAAGGAUAUACAGGAAUAGCGCAUAACAUGAAAGGGUAA